CAAUAGCGCAGAGGCUGCUGCCGCCGCCGCCGCCGCCGCCGCCGCAGCUUAUGGGUGCGCGCCGUGGCUGCAAUGGGCUGAUGCGCCGGGCGUUUGCCCAGCGGUCGGUGGGCGCCGAGCAGCUGUGCGCGCCGCUUGCGCGCCGCUGCGAGGCUCUGCGGGCGCCCUGGGUCGACGCGGUGGUGCGCGACGCCGCGGCCGUGUGGAUGCGCCACUUCGAGCACCUGUACUUCUUGAUGAUCAAAUCAGGCGCUCCCGGAAGGGCCACCCGCCGCGACGUGUUGAGCGCGUGGGCUGCGGCGCAGGCGCAGGCGCCUAGCGAUCCAAAGGCGCCUAGCGAUCCAAAGGCGCCAGGCGAUCCAAAGGCACUAAAGACGCCAAGCGCCAAGACGGAGCCGCGGUAUGCGGCGCUGCGGCGGCUGGCGCUGGUGGACACGAAGAGCCAGGCGGGGGCGCGGGGUACGCCGGUGCCAAGCACGGCUGUGCGGGCAUUGGCCGUGGCGCUGCGCAUGCGCGUGCAGGCCGUCGGCGGCCUGAGCGAGCUCUCCAAUGGCGAUGCGCUGUGGGAAGACGUCGGGACACGUUUGUGCCGUGAGCUUGGGUCGCUGCUGGCUGCUAAGGAGGCGGUCGACUGCGAGUGGGAUCUAAUCCAGCUGCGAGGUGAUCUGGCCCAUGUGCUGACAGACCACUUAGCCCUUGCGCCGGAUGUUGCCGAGUCAAUGGUAUCCGAAUGCACAAAGAGUGUGGGACAAGACUAAAUAGCUUAAACUCAGGGGGGAGGGGGUUUGAUUUUCAAAUAACAAUAUCUUUCUCUACCAA